UCGUGACUUGACAUUUGUUUAUCAAAUCAAUACGCAAUAAAUUCGUCAACAAAGCGUAAAUUAAUGGGUGUUUUGUUAGUCUUAAAAGCGAGAAGAUCGAAAGAGGACUUUAAAAAUUAAAUUGCGAGUGUUAACAAUGACAAACACUCUUGCUGUUUGUCUCCUCUCCCUAACAUUUUUGUGUUCUGCAGGUUUGUCUACAGCAAGACAAGCCCCGCAGGAAUGUUCGAAAGGACCUAAAUAUUGGUGCCAAAGCUUGAAGAGCGCAGCAGCAUGCGGCGCGGUGGGGCACUGCAUCGGCACGGUGUGGGAGCAGCAGAGCGAUGACGUCACGCACAACGAGGUCUCCGACAAGUUCGUGCAGCUCUUCCGGGAGCUCAAGGACGUUAAGGAGAUGAUCAAUGAUGAAUACCUGGAAUCGCGAAUCAUCUCACGAUGCCACGACAUCUCGUCCAACGCCAUCUAUCGGAUGUGCAAGGACAACGCGGCGGACCUCGGCGAGUACUUCAGCCACGUGCUGAAGUCGGACACGACGCCAGAGACCAUGUGUCGUAUCAUGGGCAUGUGCAAUAACGAGAAGUUGGACAGCCUGCUCAGCAAAAAGAAGACUGAAGAACCCGCCAAGCAUAAACCCAUGUUAUUGGGCGCCAGCAAAUGUACGUGGGGACCUUCGUACUGGUGCAGUAACUUCAGUACCAGUCGAGAAUGCAAGGCAACGCACCACUGCGUGCAAAAAGCGUGGCCCAACAUGAAGGUGCCCAAAGACGACGACAGCAUCUGCAAGAUCUGCAAGGACAUGGUGACGCAGGCGCGCGACCAGCUGCAGAGCAACGAGACGCAGGAGGAACUGAAAGAGGUGUUCGAAGGAAGCUGCAAGCUGAUACCGAUCAAGUUGGUGAAGAAGGAGUGCAUCAAGGUCGCAGAUGACUUCGUUCCGGAGCUGGUGGAGACGUUGGCCUCGCAGAUGAAUCCUGACGCUGUGUGUUCAGUGGCUGGGCUUUGUAACAACGCACAUAUUGACCAACUCAUUGAGGAAUAUAAUGCGACCCUGAAACUGCGCGAAGGUUGCACUAACUGCCGCAGAACUGUUGGCAUCGCGAGGAAAAGAUUCGAAGAGACUCAAUACGACGAUUUCCUUUACGGACUGCUCAAUGUGUGCCAAAACGUGGGUUCCCUCUCCGACUCCUGUUCGAUGCUCGUCUUUAAGUACUACGAGAACAUUCUGGAAGCCGUGAGGAUGGACUUUACUCCUGACUCCGUCUGCCAUCUCAGCGGGCAGUGCGCGUACAAGUACCACUCACACGAUCUCUACACCUUCCCUGACGAGACUAAGGAUUUGAAGGCUUCAGACGACAUCCCGUGCGAGUUUUGCGAACAAGUGAUCAAGCACUUACGAGACACGCUGGUCGCUAACACUUCCGAAGUUGAAUUCCACAAAGUACUUACUGGUCUCUGCAAGCAAACCGGUAGCUUCAAAUCCGAGUGCCUGCAACUAGUGGAAGAAUACCACUCGACCAUCUACUACUUCCUCGUGUCGGAGCUGAAGCCGGCGCAGCUUUGCGGCUACAUCGGCAUCUGCACCGACAAGCCCAGCGUGCCCAUCGCGCCGCUGCUGCCCAGAGAGCUGGCCGUGAGGGCUUUCACACCCUCGCCGAAACUCAUUGGGAAAGAUGAGGCCAACAGUUAUAAGACUACGCAGGGACCCAAAAAGCAGGAGAAUGUACAAAUUGUGGGAGUAGAAAAGUCUACAAUUCCCCCGCCCCUGCCUAUCGAGAGAAUGUUCAUAGCGCAGCCACAACAAAACGGCUGGUGCUCCUUCUGCCAGUACUUCCUGCACUACAUACAGGUGGAGCUGAGCCGCGACGACACUGAGGAGGCAAUAACCAAGAUGGUGGAAGGGGCUUGUGACGUGCUCCCGAAAGAGUUAGACAACGAGUGCAGACAGUUCGUGACGCAGUAUGGGCCGGCCGUCAUCGCUCUGCUGGUGCACGAGGUUGAUCCUUCCAGCGUCUGCCCGGACAUCGGCCUGUGCCCCAAGACGCAGGUGGUGCACGAUGUAUCCAUCAACUCGGAGAAGUCCAACUGCCCGCUGUGCCUGUUCGCCGUCGAGCAGCUUGAGACCGUGCUUAAGAACAACCGCAGCGAGGAAAACAUUCGCCACGCGCUCGACGGCCUUUGCAACCACCUGUCCGCCAAGCUGCGAACAGAAUGCGUGGACUUCGUUGACACGUACACCAACCAGCUGGUCGAAAUGUUGAUCGCUGAUCUAAACGCGCAAGAAAUUUGCGUCUACCUCAAACUGUGCACGGAUGACACCAAACGUACGGAUCCGAUGAAGGUUGCGCAAUCGGCGAUUGAUAAGUUCCACGAGAAACCAGCGCUGAGGGGCGACAGGAACAACAGGAGGCGACCGAUGCUGCCCAAGCAUAUGUUGGAGACGUCCGCUGGCGGGGACAUCGAAACGAACGAGAUCCCAGAUCACACUAGGAAUGGGCGGCCCGUGAACUCGAAGUCUCCGAAGACCGUGUGCGUGGUUUGCGAGUUUGUGCUCAAGGAGAUCGACGACCAGAUCACGGACAAGCAUAAUGACGAUGAAAUCAAGAAAGUAGUCCACGGAAUCUGUAAGACCAUGCCAAAAUCGGUCCGCCCAGAAUGCGACCAGUUUGUGGAGAAAUACGCCGACCUGGUCAUCAGUCUCCUGGCCCAGGAGCUCAACCCGGACGAGGUUUGCCGCGAACUGAAGCUCUGCGACUCCACGGCUUUCAACACGUUUAGAGAAGAGAUCCUGGACUGCGCGGUGUGUGAGACCGUAGUGAUGGCCGUGAAGAAGGUGCUCGCCAACGACAAGGUGGACCGCAACAUCGUGCAUGUUGUGGAGAAGGCCUGCAGUGCGUUGCCCGCCAAGUACUACGAUAGGUGUCACACAUUGAUGGAGGUGUACGGGGAGAGUGUCAUACAUCUGAUCGAGACGAUGGGCAGCAAGGGCGUGUGUCAGAAGAUAGGCCUGUGCUCCAGCAGCGAUGCGGCCUUCGUGCGCAUGUACAAGGGGCACGGACGUAACUAGUGGUACACUUUCAUAUCUGCAAUUCGAAGAAGCAGUUAACGUAAUCUCUAUUUACUUAAGUCAUUAUAUUUUUUUACCAAAUGUUUGUUUGUAGUUUUCAUUUCAUUUUCAAAGCAUAGUGAAUAAUUUAAGUUGACUCUCACAUAAGCGUAAUCCUUAAGAUUUUUCCGCCCCUGUUGUUCUCUAUCAUUUUUAACUUACAGUUUUAAUUUCGUCUUAGUAAGUUUUAGUCCAAAUUAUCAAUUUUAUACGUAAAGAUAUAAUUAUUAAUAUCAAUUCAUAAUUUAUUAUGCCGCUCAUGUUUUUACACGUUAGCCUGUGAUAAAUAAAUCUUUUGUAACUAAUAUUGUAUGCUAAUAAAUUGGGGGAGAAA